GUUCACUCACCAGUCCCCCCCUUUCCUUUAAGAGUGGAGCGAGGUUCUUCCUUUUCGAUUUCAGUGCUAUCCGGAUUUAGGAAUAGCCUAUUCCCCUUUCUCUCUUUCUUCUUCCGUGACUCUCUUUUGCUUUACUACGGUUUCAACUUCACUCAGAGAUUCUUCCAUUCGUCAAAGGAGAGAGAAUCUGCCUUGGUUCUUCUAUUGAUUCGCGGCUUUUGGGGUUGGCGAUGGAGUUCUGCAACUCUUGGUGUUGGCUUCUGUUGGAGGUCUGCACAAGUGAGAGGAAUGACGGGUAAGGUCGCUUCGUCUCUGGAGAGCUUGAAUAAUCCGGACUCCGUGUCUUAUCUGACACAGAAGGAGGCGGCUGAGGUCGAUGAGAUCCUUAUGGGUCCUCUUGGGUUUAGCGUCGACCAAUUAAUGGAAUUGGCUGGUUUGAGUGUUGCAACAUCCAUAGCUGAGGUUUACGGACCAAAUGAAUAUGGUCGUGUGCUUGCUAUUUGCGGUCCAGGAAAUAAUGGUGGUGAUGGCCUGGUUGCUGCUCGUCAUCUGCAUCACUUUGGAUAUAAACCAUAUGUUUGUUAUCCAAAACGUACUCCCAAGGCUCUUUAUAGUGGUCUGGUUACUCAGCUCGAAUCACUGUCAAUCCCUUUCUUGUCGAUGGAAGACCUACCUAUUGACUUGUCAAAUGACUUUGACAUAAUAGUAGAUGCACUGUUUGGGUUCUCGUUCCUCGGAGACCCGAGGCCGCCUUUUGAUGAUCUCAUCCGAAGGAUGGUUUGUUUGCACAGUAAUGAUCAGAUACAUCAGAAAUCAGCUGUUAUUGUGUCUGUAGACAUUCCUUCUGGGUGGCAUGUUGAAGAAGGUGACAUAAGUGGCGAAGACAUUAAACCUGACAUGCUGGUUUCAUUAACUGCUCCAAAGUUGUGUGCCAAGAAAUUUUGUGGUCCCCACCAUUUCCUUGGUGGCAGAUUUGUUCCACCAGCUAUUGCAGAUAAAUUUAAACUUCAUCUUCCACCAUAUUCUGGCACUUCCAUGUGUGGACGGAUAGGAAAACCUCCAGCAAUUGACAUAUCAUCUCUAAGGGAGAACUACAUAUCGCCCGAGUUCCUGGAGGACCAUGUGGAGGCUGACCCUAUAGAUCAGUUCCGCAUUUGGUUUGAUGAUGCAGUGGCAGCUGGUUUGCGGGCACCAAAUGCUAUGGCUUUAUCUACUGCAGGCAAAGAUGGAAAACUUUCAUCGCGAAUGGUCUUGCUUAAAGGAGUUGACAAAGAGGGUUUUGUUUGGUCUACCAAUUAUGAAAGUCGAAAAGCACGUGCAAUAUCUGAAAAUCCUCAUGCAGCGCUUCUAUUUUAUUGGGAUAGUCUUAAGCGCCAGGUGAAUCACAUUACAGCCCAGCAUAUCAUACAACUGUCUUGAACAGCAUAGUUAAGGCACCCAAGCAAGCCUAGAUGAUUUUGCCUUUCAAGGCAAAGCAUCAUCUAGGAAAUGUCUAAAUGGUUAUGAAAAAGAGGAAAAGGUAGGCAGAACAGUCCCAACUGAUUUGAGCCAUGUCGACGAUGUUGUGGCAACUCCCAACCAUAUUUAUAGGUAGGGACCCUCCUAAAUUAGCCAUAUAUGAGGUUUGGUGGCCAAACACAAUGAUGUGGCCAACCUGUAUUUGGCUAUUUCUGUGUAUUUUCAAUGGUCCACUCCUAUCUGACUUUUUAAGCAUUUUUUCACUUGUUUACAGAUAACAAAAAAUUUUAUUGAUA